GUUUUUUGCACCUGCCACGAUUCCAGAGAUUUAGGAGGACAAGAAGUCCGUGUUGCUGUCCAGGAACUGCAAGAGAUUUCUCCACAGACAUGGCGUUUGCUUUUCUUCGGAACACGAAAGUGGUGGCCGUGAGUGCCGUAGGAACAGUGGCCGGACUCGCGAUGAUUCUCAAGGAUUAUAUGCAGGGCGGCACAUUCAAAAAUCCAAUCAUGGCAGAGGGAAAAGUAGUUGUAAUAACAGGAGCGAACACCGGAAUUGGGAAGGAGACUGCCAGGGAAUUGGCCAGGAGGAAGGCUCACGUCUAUAUGGUGUGCCGUGACAUGGAGAAGUGUGAAGAGGCCCGGACAGAGAUUGUCCUAGAUUCAAAGAACAAAUACGUUUACUGUCGGGAAUGUGAUUUGUCCUCCUUCGACUCCAUCAGGAAGUUCGUCAUCAAUUUCCAGCACGAGAGGGACAGACUUGACAUCCUCAUCAACAAUGCCGGAGUUAUGAGAUGUCCUCGAUCCGUGACGAAAGAGGGAAUUGAGAUGCAACUCGGAGUGAAUCAUAUGGGGCACUUUCUGCUGACAAACCUUCUCCUGGAUACCCUCAAAGCCUCUGCUCCCAGUCGAAUUGUUGUGGUGUCGAGCCUAGCUCAUGUUCGCGGGGAAAUUAACAUCACAGACCUCAACAGUGAGAAGAACUACGAACGUGGAAAGGCCUACAACCAGAGUAAAUUGGCCAAUGUUCUCUUCACGCGCGAGCUGGCUAAGAAGCUGCAAGGAACUGGAGUCACGGUGAACGCUCUGCAUCCGGGCGUUGUGAAUACGGAUCUCAUGCGACACAUGAGCAUCUUUACCAGCUUCUUUUCUGGGCUGAUUGUGAAGCCUUUGAUGUGGCCUUUCUUCAAGACACCGCUAGCUGGUGCACAGACAACACUGUACUGUGCCCUGGAUCCUGAUCUGGACGGUGUUACUGGACAGUACUUCAGCGAUUGCGCUGCCAAAGAGGUAGCGGAAGCGGCCAAGGAUGAUAAUGUGGCCAAGUGGCUGUGGUCAGUGAGCGAGAAGUGGACGGGAUUGGACCACAAGGCGCCCAAUGUUUGAGCUUCAUGAUUGACUUCGACACCCUGGACAUAAAGAUCGUCAACGAGAAGGGUGAGGAUAUCUUCAAGAAGGCAUACAAGGAGAUGGGGAUCGAAGACGUAGAUUUGCAUGAU